UAGAUUUAGGAAAUCGACUACAUGUCAAUUGAAUGCAUUAAUUAAUUUUUGUAAUUACCAUUUUUGGAUAACUAUGGAUAAAGCUUUAACUCGUUUUGGUUUCGAUGAAACAACCAGCUUUUCUUGAAAUACAUGGAAUAAUUUGUUGGGCACUGGUUCGUGUACUUCAGCGGCCACUUUAUUCAACUAUCUUUUCAACGAUGAAGUAGUCAUUGUACUUUCAAGAAUAGUUUUAACCAAGAACGAGAACACUUCGAAUUUGUGUUACAAAUAAACAUAAUCGGUCAGUUGUAUUAUCCCAUCGUGAAUAUCGUGACAGUACUGAGCCCAAAUGUUUGCGCACUUAGGCUGUGAACCAAUGAUUUUAACUUUUGGUUAAAAUUUGACAUAACUAUCGAAAUAUUUUCCUCGAGUAGUCGAGUUUAACCAAAACUACGGCCCAAUUCAAAGUUUGACGUAUUCAAAGUUAUUUGGAUUUAUUUUGCACUAAAAAUAAAAUGAUAACAAGUGGUAUAUUGAUUGCAAUACAGAGAACGCAAUAGCUUCGAGAUUCACAAUGUAUUAAAACUUCUUAUUGUUUUUUUUCUUUUACUGUAAAUACAAAAGAAGUUAUACAGAAGUAAUUUUUACUCAAGAUUCAAAAUUAUAAUUGCUGGGCAAAAAUUUUUUUUCAAUAUUUGGAAAUAACUAUCGAACUGUCAGAAAUAACCAUACUCACGAGCAGGAUUAUUUUUGUUAACGGCAAACUGCUUACUGCUCGACUGUCAAAUUUUAACUAAAACUAUAGCCUUAGUUUUACUAGAAAUACUUGAUAAGUGGUCUACAUAAAUUUUGUUUGUCAACGAAAUGAUACUACAAGGCCAAAAGCGAGCAAACCAAUGUGCCAUUUGUUUUGAAAGUUAGUUUAGAUAUAUCGUUUUGAACUUCAAAAGUCGUUCACCGGUGGUGUCAUCAAUUCUCAAUUAUUACAGAUACAUACAAACGGCAAUUAGAUACAAUGAUUCUCAAAAGUCUUUACGAGAUGAACAAUAGGAAAAAAAGGUUUUCUUCGUGAAGAGAUUUAAAGGAACAAUUUUACUAGAGGGGCUCUAGUUCUGCCUUUCAAGUGUGUUUUUCGCAAAUUUGUACUUCCGCAAUGCAAAACAUUCAUUUUUUCUGCCUUCUGUAUUGCAUCAGGUACAGCUAAGCUGAUGAAACAUUAUUGUGGCUUGGUUGACUGAUUUUAGUAGGUUUUCUUGGGAAAUAAAAAAAAUGACACUACGUAGAUUUAACCAUUUAUGGAGAACCAAAAAUACGGAUACGUAGUUGCGUCAAUGCGGAACAGUUACAUAUCAGAUGAUAUGAAGAACCGUAAUCGCAUCCACACGAAUCAACCAAAUAUUACUUAUCACGCUGAAUAGUAGACAUGUGAUAAUUGAGUUUGCAAUGUCCAGUCAGAGCUCUGACCAGAUUACUGCAAUGAUGCUUGCAGAAAAUGCAGUAGACAUUUUGACAUUUAAAGAUUCAAUUCUGGUUAAAAUGCUUUUGUUUGAACGCAUGCUUGCAAGCUGCGUCUGUAGCUGGUAUGUUUGGAUGCAGCCCAAGAACGAAUCUUGUGCUUUAUUCGUUACACCAGCUCUAGCCAUCUCAUCAGCCCAUUCAUUUCCAGUAAUACCAGAAUGACCGGGUACCCAUAAGAAGUAAACAGCAUUUGAAAUGCUGAGGUCUUCAUUUUGAGUUCGACAUGCGAUCACUAGAUUCGACCGUGAAUCAUUCGAACUGAGUGAUGUCUAGGCUGCAUGACUGACGGAACAAAAAUAAAUUCGUUUACCACAGAUUCUCUGCUGAAGUGCCGAUUGCAUUUCACACAGAAUAGCGUAGAUUUCUGCUUGAGAUACAGUACAAUAUCUACCAAGUGAAUGAGACUCCUCUAGCCACAUUUUACUACAGUAGACACCAGCACCAGACCGACUAUCCAGCAUAUAACAAACUAUGUGUUCAUCGAUUUAUCGUUCCAAAUAACCAGACAACCAUUCCUCACGAAAAGGAAGGUUUGAAAUGAAAACUGCAUGUCAGAGUUAGAUUACUAGGAGCAAGUAAAUACUCAUCCCAAGUUGCCAAUUGAGACCACAAGAGAGUGUGGCUAGUAGCACACUCUAUAGGUUUACUGUUUCCAAGACACUCUAUAGAUUUACUGUUUAAGACGAUAUGUACAAGGUAAUGCUUCUUGUUUUAGAAACAAAUGUAAUGAUUUGAUGCACAGUAGCGCCUCUACAGUAGCAGUUAGGAGUUGUUGUUAAUGCUCCUCUCACCGUCAUUACUAUCCUUUGGAGAUGAUUUAACUUUGACUGAACUGUCGCAACUUCUCCUUUCUGCCACCAUACAAGACAUCCAUAUGCUAAAAUUGGCCUAACAAUAAUUGUGUAGAUCCAAUGAAAGUAUCUGGAUUUGAGUCCCCAUGAUUUUCCAAAAGCUUGCCUGCAUUGGCCGGAAGCCACGCAAGCUCUUUUAAUUCUGAAGUCAAUGUGAGCAGACCAAUUCAGUUUUGAAUCAAGCAUAACUCCGACGUAUUUAACUUGUUCAACCACAACAACCUCUGAACUAAAGAACUGUAAUGAACGAGCUUCUGUGAUUAUCCUACGAUGAGUGAAAAGCACAAUUGAUGCUUUGCCUGGAUUUACACAUAAUCCAACCUGACAACACCAUUGUUCAACAGAUCGCAGGGCUUGCUGUAUUAAAUCAAAUAGAGUGUUAAUGCAUAUACCGGUCAUCAAUAUAUAAUAAUCGACGGCAAAACCAUAGGUAGGGAUUCCAAGGUUAACAAGUAAUACUGGGAAAACUCCAUCAUUUUCAGGAGAUUCAUACGGAGCAAAACUGUCAACUGCCAAUUUGACCGAUUCAAUCGUCACAACUCUUCAAGCAAGUGCCCAAGAAUCGUAUCUACCCGAAAAAGUCUCUGGGACAUAUGUGAUGGUUCCAUACAUCCUGGUAAGUGAGUGCUAAAAGGAUAGUGAAGUACAUCACCUUCAUCAGACAAGUACCAUCUGAAGUUCUUAAGAAACCGACAUAAAAGUGCUUCGAUUUCGAAAGUAACUUAUUUAAUCUGCUAGCCUCGUUGAGACUAGAGACAUUUGUGCAGAGGUCUUUCCAAUCACUUCGCUCAGGCGAUCAAAGAGCAUUUUUGUAAGCUCCCGAGCCGACACGAAUGCCUUCGAUCCAUCUCUGCGUCGGUUGUUUCGAGUUCUUCUGCAAAGUUUCCUUAGUCUAGAAAGUUCAACAUUCCACCAAGGAGUUCCUGUAGUAGCUCGCACAAUCCGAAGUGGACAAGCCUCUUCAUAUGCUGCAACUAUGAGUGAGUUUGUCUCGUCGACAACAUUUUGCAAGUCAAUUAGGGUUUCAAUUGUUGGUUGGUGCUCUAAAAAUCUAGUCGCCAAGCCUUCUUUAUGGAGGUAAUUUAGUUUGUAAAUUAGGAUUACGAUAUGUGACAAUAUCAAAUAUACCGUUUAAAUGAUCAAAAAAGAUUUAUUUAUGAUCAGAUAACGAAGGUUCGAGCUCAUCGGAGACGAUCCAAUUUAUCAUGCGAAAUUCUAUCUGAACUUCCAAAACCUCCUCUCUUCCAGAUCUCGCAAAAGUUGAACGAUUUUCUGCAUUGACUAUGUGCAGGUUUAUAUUGCUCACAAAUUCCAUCAUAUCAUAGCCUCUCGAAUUUAUACCUGUGCUACUCCAAAUGAUAUGGUGAGCAUUGCGACGUCACUACCGAUUGUAAGCGGUGCAGUACUUUCACUUUUUCAGCAGUAUGAUACAACCUCUUUGAAGUCAUCGCUUGGAGAAGGCGGCGAACAUGUCAAACAAUAGACAUAUUUCCUGUCUAUACCAUCAAUCGUCAGACCAACUGUGAUAGCACAAUUUUCCCGAUUUGUGAACUCCGAUAUGAGAGGUACAUUAAGAGCACUAUUUGCAAGUAUGCAUGACCGAGGCAUUUCACGUGGAUUAGUCUUACCGUUAUAGUUGAAGGAAACAAAAACUUUUUGGAAAUGUGGUUCUUGAACCAAAGCUAUAGAAGCUUUAUCUUUUUGCAAAGGUCUGGAUAGAUUCAUAGUUGCUGUACGUUUAUGUUGGAGAUUGAUUUGUGCUACUCUAACUAUUAUCAAUUAUCAACCAAAUAUAUUGACUUAUAAUAGCCUAUAGCUAACCAUUGUAGGAUCUUUUUGAAUGUUUUACUCAUUUAAAUCCCAUGAGUUGCGAAGAAUGAAAUCGUUUACUGUGCCAGAGCUUCGCUUAACACAGUAAGGGAAAAUUCACGACGGCAUUAUUUAGGUUAUUUAGGCUGCUCAUAAAGGGAAGUUUACAUUGAUGGUCAACUUCCAUGGGUGGCCGAGUAGCCAAAACUCCGGAAAAAUCAAUUUAUUUGGUUAUCAACUAACCAGACCUGUAAAAUUGAAGAAUUAUACUGCUAGUCGAAAGUAUUUGGAUCGAUUUUUCUUGUUAUGUAUAAAAACACGCGAAAUUUAUAUACUUAUCAGUCUGUAAAUCCGGAACCGGAAGUAGUAUCCGGAUGAGAUUUGGUAGAAUUCUAUGGGGUUGCAGGUCUUGCAGGUCUUAUAAUUUGGAAAACAUAAAAAAUUAUACUAGACAUAGAUUAAACUACACCCAAUUAAGUAAGUGAAAUAACAAACAACAAAUUUGCACUUUUAUCAUUAUUUACCAGCACUAAUACCGAAUAAACGCACAAAAAUGUUGAUAUAGUCUGAUUCGUUGGAUGAUUCUGUUUACCGAGCACGCGUUUCGACUUUAAAAAUACACGAAUCGUAUUACUAGGACAUUUUUUCUCUAGUGCUAAUGAAAAAUGAAUCCAUUCUCAGCCAUCAGGGAAAAUUAAUAAUUAUCCUCAUAAUAUUAAGCAGCAGGAUAUUCAUAUCAAAAUUUUUUCAAGAUCGGCUAACUUCGUGCGUUCUCUACAGUAGGUAACAAUAAAAAAAAAGUGUGUCAGUCGCCAUCCAACCAGCAGCAACCAGACAGCAGCAGUUCCAAGUGUCACGCACUGCCCUAGUAACCGAAAGUUGUCACCGCCGGUUGCAAUGUGGCGGUGUGGCAAGAAGAGGUUUUUCGUGUGGACAAAAUAGCAUAAUUUCCAUGAUACUUCAUGGAACUCGUACCGUAUAGGCACAGAAAUGAAAAGAGUGAACAAAGAGCUCGAAAAAGUGACCAUUGCCAAGUGAAUUGAAAAAAUUGAAGGUGAUAUUUUUUGUGCAGAUUUUUUCCUCCUUCGGUCGAUCGAGAUUGUGUCUAAGUCGGCUGCCGUAUAGGUUUUGAAUUAAAAGCAACGCCAUCGAAAACGAAAAACAGUAGUGGGAGCACAUGCAAUGGAGACGGGAAAUGCAACCAGUGCAGCAGACCGCAGUUCCAGUGGCCGACUGUCGGGAAAUGUGACACAAUCGAAUUACCGCAUUUCUUUUCUCUGUGUUUCAUUUACAGCGUCAUUUUCUGUUUUUUUUUCUUCGGAAUUGUAUAAUCGAUCGGCGUGUUUAUAAUCAAACCGACGCGCGUUUUGCGAAAUCUGUGUGUGUGUUUGAGUUGCAGAUUUGAUCUGAGAACGGUUUUUAUUACCAUUGAAACAUUUGCGCCCUUGGACAUCGGAAUCUAUUGAAACUUCUCGAAUAUCUACGGAAAGUUAGUAAACACUUCUGUUCGAGACGAAGGGAUAACAAUUAACGAAACAUGAAAUUUGGAAACGGUCACGUUGUAGAUAGAGAUAAAUCGAUAUUUUAGUGCAAAGGCUAUGAGAGUAGCCCAUUGUCCCAAGAUCCUAAAUCAGAUCAAUAUCGGCAAUAUUUUCAACACUUUGGAGCUACUCCUCUAUGGCCAGCGGAAGUAAAAAGGUAAACACGAUAAUCAAGUUGACGCAAAAUCAGCUUUGUCAUUCCAUAGUCCAUGUGGCGGAAGCCUGUGGCAUUGCGACAAGUGCCGAUUCUCCAACCGAUGGCCACUCACAAUGUUGUGAAGGAAGUGGUUUAAGCCGAGGAAGAUGCAAAACUAAUUGAUUCGAGAGCAUAAUGCUUGUGGGGAAUUGCGUCUUGAGUUGUUGCGGGUGCGAGAUGCUAUGACAUUGAUAGCCAUGGUGGGUAACGAGAUGCGGCGUAGAUCUAGAAUGAAGGUUUUGAAAAUUUUGCAAUCAUUCUCGCAAGGAACCUUCAUUGCAUUUGUGUUAUCACUUUUGUACUGUGCAGGAAGUCUAGCAGAACCGGGUUAUCUAGACUUUGAUAACCUUCCGGAGACCAACUUCACAUGCGCUGGUAAAGUGAUCGGUGGAUACUAUGCUGAUCUGGAAGCAUCUUGUCAAAUGUUCCACGUCUGUACCAUCGGUCAAGGUGACGAGCCAAUGGAUAUCAAGUUCCUCUGUCUCAAUGGCACGGUAUUCGAUCAGGAAACACGUGUUUGUGAACGUGUUGAUGAGGUCGAUUGCACCAAAUCGGAGAGAUUUUAUUACUUGAACUUGGAGCUCUAUGGAAAUACUAUCAUUCCGGCCCCAGAGGAAAGCAGUUCGGAAGACACCUCUAGUAGUGCCAGUAGUCCGUCAUCAACAACUACCACUUCUACAACAACGACAACAACGACUACCAGAAGACCAACAACGACAACGCCAUCGCGCAGAUUCAUCUUCAAUAACAGUAAAGGGACUCCAGUAGGGUCGUCAAGCACAUCAGUCAUUCCAAAUCAAUCAUAUUUGACUUCGACAUUGAAGGUGCCCGAACAAGAUGAAGAAUACGAAUAUGACGAUGACUAUGAUGAUAAGGGAGAUUCAACCGGUGGAAGUCCUUCACUGCCAGCAAUCGAGGAAGACGGAACUUUUUCACCUCAGCUGUUCACACUGCAACAACAAAGUCAAAAACCUCAACCAAAACCGGAAGUCCACACCAAACCUGGUUCUAAACCCGCCGUGUCAUUCCAACAACAACACUUCCAAAAUGGAGGAACACUUGCUGUAACCAACUCCCAUGUAACUGUCACCACGCAUACCAGCAAUAAUUCCAGCACUUCCAAAAAAGGUUCCCAGCAGUUUAAUUUAUCACAAAAAGAAAAAAUAGUUCUGGAGCAUCAGAAAGCCCAACAACAGCAAGCCUUCCUUCAACAACAGAUGAUUGCAAAACAACACGAAGAGUUACAAAAGAAACAGCAGGAAGCUGCAGUUCAACAGCAACAGAAAGCUAUUCAGCAACAGCAGAAACAGGUACAGCAGCACGAAUCUGAGAUAAAAAACCACCAAGCAUUGCUGAUUCUUCAUCAGCAGAAAAUUGCACGUCAACAACAAAAGCAAGCUCCCACCACAACAAGAGCUCCGAUUUACAAUCCAUAUGUGACGAUCAAUCCUCAGCAACAGCAACAAACUCAUGUACCAAAGAGAAUUCCACUGUUACAAGGCGUAUCAUCUUCACAGUCGCAAGAAGUACACCAGCAAUCACCUAUUGCAUCACAACUGGCACCAUUUCGAUUGCGAGCUCAGGGCUUCAGGCUUCCUUCCCAGCAACGGCCCGAUAUGUUCGAGCAUGACGAUCGCUUCGAGGGAUACCGAAGGCAGCCACCACCACAGGUCUCCUUACAUCUACCCUUUGAAGAGUUUCGACAUCAGAAAGACAUCUCACUUCAGUUCGACCCUGAUGAGGAAGACCUUACUCAAAUCCCUCAACACAAGGAGCUCAAACGGUCCGGUCCACCAUUCCACAGCUCAAUCCAUGGGGACAACACACCAUCACCUCCCACUCAAAGCUCAAAGUCGUCCUCUGUUGAUACAGCGAUGAAACCAAGCGAGUCCAAACCGGUAACUGCAGCAACCUCAAAAGCUGGUAUCUUUCAGGACGACACUGUGGAGUACGACUAUGAAGACUAUAGCUCUGAGGAUAUCCCGAAACCAGCAAAGAAUCCUAGUUUAGAUAGCGUUAAGUCAAGCACAAAUAGCGAAAUUGUUGUGGCAAGUAAACGCUCUGGAGAGGAUCAACUUAGCGUGCAUACAAUUAGUUCCGGUGACCACACUAGUAAGUCAAGCAAUCCAAGCAGUAGUGGUAGUAGUAGUAGUAGUAGUAGUAGUAGCAGUAGUAGUAGUAGAAAUAAUAAUAUUAGUAUCAAUGGUAGCAGUAGUAAUAACUCUAAGAAUAAAGCAAACACUAGUAGAUUUAUUAUUAAUAACGAACACCACAAGAGCCCAACCAAUUCAUAUAGCCGAAGUCACACCGAACAACUGUAUGACAAUCGACCACCCAGCGGAACAGUAACACCCCGAAUGCGGCAAAACUAUCACGUUCAAUCUCCAAAAGUGAUUGUCACGACUAGCACCUCUAUUCGGGAUAACAACGGACGAACAAUCAACUAUUCUGUCAGUAGUAACAAUCUAUCUGCGAUAUCGACAACCUCUUCUAGCCUACUGACAGUCAAAGGCCUUUCCGGGUCCUCUCGGACCUACGACGAAUAUAAAGAAGAUGAUGUUCGAUCAGAUCCUUUCUUCCUGGACGUGCCGAAAGUAGCCACCAGUACCAGUCGGUUGAAACGUCAUACGUCUAUCCAACGAAAAAGAAAGAAACAAUUUUUCUUCAUUGUUCCUCGAUUUAUGUGACGAUUUUUUUCAAAAAUGCAAAUAAUUCACAGGACGAAAUUUCAACAGAACUACUAAGUAACGUCAACAAGGUUGACCCUAGUUAUUAAUGUAGGAAAAAAUAAUGUUCAAAUAAUGCAUGUAAAUAUACUAAGCUCGAAGCAACACACAAAACACGAUUUAAAAAUACUCAAUUAGUUUUAGAAUCAUUUAAAAUUUUUUUUAUUAGUUCUAAAUUUGUUCUUGCAAAUUUACGAUAAUAUCGGAAGUUUGGGCUUCUUGAACAGUUUUUUUAAAUAAUGCAAGUUUGAAAAGUAAAACCUAUUUGUAAAAACUUCUAAUCUGUUCUGAAUUAUCAAAUUUAAUUAAUUAAAUUUCCUGUUAUACUAAGUAAACUUGUACAGAAUAAAAAUAAGAUAAAUCAUUAUAUAACAUUUACGAAGUCAACGUGUAUGAACAAGUUAUGAACAUUUGACGGUAACAAGCAUGAGCAUUGAAAUAAAUGUAAACAUCUAAAAUAUUUGUGAAAAAAUUGUUGCUAGGAAAAUAAAUGCUACAGAAAGUUGUAAAAAACGAACGAUU